AUGACUGGGCGGCAACAUGGGGGGCCCCCCAUGGGACCCUCGGGUAAUAAUUAUCGUGGCCAAGAUGUGCUGUUGGAUAUGGACGAUGAGCAGCCCAUCUACAACCAGGGCCAGCGCACACACCUCAAUGACGAAGACAUGAUGCGGUCCUAUACCCUAGAUCAGCAGAGCGACGGUGCCCGGCCUUCGGUAUCCUACGACGACUUCGUCGGCGCAACCGGUCCCUCCCGCCUCGCCGCUCGUCAUCAAGACCCUUCCUCCUCUACCACACACCUGCGGCCCACGGAUGGCCUUGACCGAGGGUACGGCCAGGCCUCGGAUCUGGACCACUACCAGCGAUACGCCGACGACUUCGACCACGACGCCGCCGACAAUCAAUCAUACUACCAGCACGAUGGUGGUGACGACAUUGCCAGGUCAAACGCCCGCAGCCGCAACAGUGUUCUGUCGCUGGGCGGAGGCCUCCUCGGCCGCGUCAAGAACAGGCUCGGCAUGGGAGAGGGCUACUCCGAGAUGGAUCUGCCGCUGACGGAGCCCAGCCAGGACAGGGCUCAGCCGUCGAAUGGCCCGCCAGGCCAGCAGUCGCCGGGCCAGCAGCAGGAGCAGAAGAAGAGCAGACGCUUCGACCUGGGCAAUUUCAAGUUUGGCUUCGGACGCGGCAAGCCCGACCCUUCGACCCUGGGUCCUCGCAUAAUCUACCUCAACAACCCCCCAGCCAACGCCGCCAACAGGUACGUUGACAACCACGUGUCGACGGCCAAGUACAACGUCAUCACCUUCUUCCCCAAGUUCCUCAUGGAGCAGUUCUCCAAGUUCGCCAACGUCUUCUUCCUCUUCACCGCCGGUCUGCAGCAGAUCCCCGGCCUGUCCCCGACCAACCGCUACACCACCAUCGCACCCCUCCUCGUUGUCCUGGCCAUAUCGGCCGCCAAGGAGGCCGUGGAGGAUUACCGGAGAAAGCAGGCCGACAGCGCCCUCAACACGUCCAAGGCCCAGGUCCUCAAGGGCACCAGCUUCGCCGAGACGCCGUGGAUCAAUGUGGCCGUCGGCGACAUUGUCAGGGUCGAGUCGGAGAAACCCCUUCCGGCCGACAUCGUGCUGCUGGCCAGCUCCGAGCCUGAAGGUCUGUGCUACAUCGAGACGGCCAACCUCGACGGCGAGACCAACCUCAAGAUCAAGCAGGCUCUGCCCGAGACGUCGACCAUGGUCUCACCCAGCGAGCUGAGCCGCCUGGGCGGCCAUCUCAAGUCGGAGCAGCCCAACAGCAGCCUCUACACUUACGAGGCCACCAUGACCAUGCAGUCCGGAGGCGGCGAGAAGGAGCUGCCCCUCAACCCAGAGCAGCUGCUCCUCCGCGGUGCCACUCUGCGCAACACGCCCUGGGUGCACGGCCUAGUCGUCUUCACCGGACACGAGACCAAGCUCAUGCGCAACGCCACGGCCGCGCCCAUCAAGCGCACCAAGGUUGAGAAGCAGCUCAACUACCUAGUCCUCAUCCUGGUCGCCAUCCUCCUCUUCCUCAGUAUCAUCAGCACUGUCGGCGAUCUUGUCAUGCGCAGCGUCAAGGGCUCAUCGCUCUCGUACCUGCAGCUGGGAAGUGUCGACACCCUCAGCACCGCGGCCUCGCAGAUCGCCAAGGACAUGGUGACGUACUGGGUCCUCUUCUCGUCCCUCGUCCCCAUCUCCCUCUUCGUCACCGUUGAGAUGGUCAAAUACUGGCACGGCGUCCUGAUCAACGACGAUCUCGACAUGUACUACGACAAGAGCGACACGCCCGCCACCUGCCGCACCUCGAGCCUGGUCGAGGAGCUGGGCAUGGUCGAGUACGUCUUCUCCGACAAGACGGGCACCCUGACCUGCAACCAGAUGGAGUUCAAGCAGUGCUCCAUUGGCGGGCUGCAGUACGCUGACGGCGCGCCCGAGGACCGCCGUGCCGCCGACCAGGAGAACCCCGAGAUGGGCAUCUUUGAGUUCAGGGACCUGACAUCGAACCUGGCCAACGGCCACGAGACGGCCGGCGCCAUCGACCACUUCCUGUCGCUGCUGGCCACCUGCCACACCGUCAUCCCCGAGAUGACGGAGAAGGGCACCGUCAAGUACCAGGCCGCCUCGCCCGACGAGGGAGCCCUGGUCGAGGGAGCCGUGGGUUUCGGCUACAAGUUCACCGCCCGCAAGCCUCGCUCCGUCAUCAUCGAGGCCAACGGCCGCGAGCUCGAGUUCGAGCUGCUGGCCGUGUGCGAGUUCAACUCUACGAGGAAGCGCAUGUCGACCAUCUACCGGUGCCCCGACGGCGUCAUUCGCUGCUACUGCAAGGGUGCCGACACGGUCAUCCUGGAGCGCCUCAACGACCAGAACCCGCACGUCGAGUCGACGCUGCGUCAUCUGGAAGAGUACGCCUCCGAGGGCCUGCGCACGCUCUGUCUGGCGAUGCGUGAGAUUCCCGAGGAGGAGUUCCAGGAAUGGCACGCGCUAUUCGAGAAGGCGUCGAUGACGGUGGGCGGCAACCGAGCCGAGGAGCUGGACAAGGCGGCCGAGAUCAUCGAGCACGACAUGACGCUCCUGGGCGCGACGGCCAUCGAGGACCGUCUCCAGGACGGCGUGCCCGAGACGAUCCACACACUGCAGCAGGCCAACAUCAAGGUGUGGGUGCUGACGGGAGACCGGCAGGAGACGGCCAUCAACAUUGGCAUGAGCUGCAAGCUGCUGAGCGAGGAUAUGAUGCUGCUGAUGGUAAACGAGGAGUCUGCCGAGGCGACGCGGGACAACAUCGAGAAGAAGAUGCAGGCGAUCCGGACGCAGGGUGGCGGCGCCAUCGAGAGCGAGACCCUGGCCCUCAUCAUUGACGGAAAGAGCCUGACGUACGCCCUGGAGAAGGACCUGGAGAAGAUGUUCCUGGACCUGGCCGUCAUGUGCAAGGCCGUCAUCUGCUGCCGCGUGUCCCCUCUGCAGAAGGCCUUGGUGGUGAAGCUGGUCAAGAAGUAUCAGAAGCAGUCGAUCCUGCUGGCCAUCGGCGACGGCGCCAACGACGUGUCGAUGAUCCAGGCGGCGCACAUCGGUGUGGGCAUCAGCGGCAUGGAGGGUCUGCAGGCGGCGCGCAGCGCCGACGUGGCCAUCGCUCAGUUCCGGUAUCUGCGCAAGCUGCUGCUGGUGCACGGCGCGUGGAGCUACCAGCGCGUCAGCAAGACGAUCCUCUUCUCCUUCUACAAGAACAUCGCGCUGUACAUGACGCAGUUCUGGUACACGUUCCGCAACGUCUUCUCGGGCCAGGUCAUCUUCGAGUCGUGGCUCCUGUCCAUCUACAACGUCCUCUUCACCGUCUUCCCGCCGCUGGUGCUCGGCAUCCUGGACCAGUUCAUCUCGGCGCGCCUGCUGGACCGAUACCCGCAGCUCUACGUCAUGGGACAGCGCAACAGCUUCUUCACGAUGCGCGUGGCCAUCGAGUGGAUCACCAACGCUCUGUACCACUCCCUGGUGCUGUACGUGCUCUCCGAAGUGAUCUGGUACGGCGACCUGAUCCAGGCGGACGGCAAGAUCGCGGGCCACUGGGUGUGGGGCUCGGCCACGUACGCGGCCGUCCUGCUCACGGUUCUGGGAAAGGCCGCUCUCGUGACGAGCAACUGGACAAAGUAUCACGUCAUGGCCAUCCCCGGCAGCAUGCUCAUCUGGUGGGCGUUCGUGGCCGCGUAUGGCACCGUGGCACCGAUGGUGAACCUGUCGGAGGAGCUGUUCGGUGUCGUCCCGCGACUGUACACCAGCCCCGUAUUCUGGCUGCAGACGUUUGUCCUCGCCGUGCUGUGUCUGCUCAGGGACUUCGUCUGGAAGUAUGCGAGGAGGAUGUAUCGGCCCGAGACGUAUCAUCAUAUCCAAGAGAUUCAAAAGUAUAACAUCCAGGAUUACCGGCCUAGAAUGGAACAAUUCCAGAAGGCCAUUCGCAAAGUCCGUCAGGUUCAACGUAUGCGCAAGCAGCGCGGCUACGCCUUUUCGCAGGCCGACGAGAGUCAGACGCGCAUCCUUCAAGCUUACGAUACUACGAAACACCGUGGACGGUACGGAGAAAUGGCCAGUUCAAGGCCAGGACAAUGA